AAAUAAAUAGUAAAAUACAUACAUAUGUAUGUAUAUAUUUACGAUUGAGUUCAUAUUACAAAAAAAAUACGCGAGCUAACAGCAUAUUGACAUUGCGUUGAGCAGGAAAUAUGCUUGUGGCUUAUGACUAAACGCAAAUUGCGAGCAACAUACGGUGCAAAAGUAAAAUCCAGCAGCAAAAUACCACACUACCGUUAAAUAAAACGAACACCACCGAACCGAUCGGGCAGGCACGAGUUCCAGCUACACUUGGAUUAAAUUUCACCUGAUUUGUAUCGUCACCUUUCGCCUAUAAUUAAACACAACGUGAUCACGCGCUCACACUACGCUACGUAGCGCAUUAACCAAAUUGCAAUACGCAGAACACAACAACAACAAGUAAAGAAUUAAAACAAAAAAAUUCUCACUGACAUCCUUUGGCGCACAUCCAUCACAGCCGCCAAUUCCAUAAAUCCGCUUAAGAGCUGUGAAAUAAGUGCGGCGUAACAGUAACGAGUAAACGCUAGCCGAUAGACGGUAAGCUGCAGGCGAGAAGUUGUGCAAAAAAUACGAAAACCAAAACAACAACAGCAAGGAAUUGAAGGAGCUACGCGUCUCGUAAGCGCAUAACAGAUUCGCGCAAAAGACCCAUAAUUUUAGUGACGCCACACAAUCGUCGACCUUCCAACGUCCCGCCUCCUCAUACGCCGGCAACGCCAACCACCAUCAUCAGCAUCUCUUACAACAACACCAGCACCACUUGAAGCCGGCGACCUUUUCGUUAGCCGUUUAAGCGUGUGCACCUUUUGUGAGGUUGCCCUGCGUCAUUUUUGUUAUAACUGAUCUUCGGACGUAUGUACGCUCGCCAAACGAGAAUACGAGUGCAAGAGCCAGCAUCAGCGUUGUCGCCAGCCUGAUCACAGUUGUUUUUUUUAUUAUUGUUGGUGUUGCAGUUAUUGCUGUGAUUAUUAUUGUGUGCUGUGCGCGGCCGCCUAUUGUUGAUCACUUUAAGCUGUCGUUCGUUAAAAAUUAUUAUUGUUGUUAUUGUGCUUGCCAUUGGAUUCCCUCAACUUGAGCGUAGCGAACCUUGGCCGAUCGCACGGCCAUACACUAAUACAUAUAGACAGACAGACAUUUAUUUAUGAGCGCAGCUCUCGUAUUUUAAACGGUGGCGACGAUCUUCCGCGCUGCACGCCUGUAACUAUUCUACAAAACAACAUCAUACGCACACACGUAAGUGUUAUUAUUGCCAUGCUCCAGGAGUAGUUGUUAUUGUAUUUGGUGUUUUGGACAUUCGUUCUGUGAAGGUGCAGCAGCCGCCGCUUGGCAGUUAAAAAACAAAAAACGAAAACAAAGCGUGGCAGAAGAACAGCAGAAACACAAAAAAGAAUUAGAGAGGUCUGUAGACCCAUUACUGUUGUUGUUGUUGUUGCGUAGUCUUCAUAAAAGAUUUUAAAGGCCAGCUUAUUGUAGAGCCUGUUGCAGGCGAUCACAACAAAGCCAAAAGGAAGCGAAAACAGCCGAAAGGAGAAAGAGAACGAGCAGCAGCCACAGUCGCAGUCACAGUCGACAGUAAUGGCGCCGAAGUCCAGAAAGAAGAAGGCACAUGCCCGCACAUUGAGCUGUUAUUGCGAUGGCAGUUGUCCCGAUAAUGUUAUAAAUGGCACAUGUGAGACACGUCCAGGUGGUUCCUGCUUUAGCGCAGUAGAAGAAGUCUACGAUGAGAUCACAGGCACAUACGAAGAGGAGCGAACAUAUGGUUGCAUGCCGCCAGAAGAGAAUGGCGGGCUGUUAAUGUGCAAAGUUGCCGCUGUUCCCCACCUGCACGGCAAGAAUAUCGUCUGUUGUGAUUCGGGUGAUUUCUGCAAUCGCAACAUACACCCCGAAUACACACCGAAGAGCACCACCACCCCGCCUGAAUUGCCAGUAAGCUCACAAUCCAUACAUUACCUGCUCAUGCUCAMCUCACUGAUUGUCUSUCUGACGAUAUUUGUUGUCGUCCUGCUGAUAUUCUGUGUAAUGUAUCGACGUCGCGAGAAACAAGGUAAACAGCCGCGACUCAUCAGCUCUAUGUGUAAUAGUCAAAUAUCACCGCUAUCGCAAUUGGUCGGACAGAGUACGGGUUCGGGUUCAGGUCUGCCUUUGCUGGUGCAACGCACCAUCGCCAAGCAAAUACAAAUCGUACGCACUGUGGGUAAAGGACGUUAUGGCGAAGUGUUUCUGGCUAAGUGGCGUGAUGAACGUGUCGCAGUCAAGAUCUUCUUCAUGACCGAAGAGUCUUCGUGGUUCCGUGAAACUGAAAUCUAUCAAACAGUGCUUAUCCGACAUGAGAAUAUACUCGGUUUCAUUGCGGCCGACAUCAAGCACAUGGGYAGUCAUACACAAAUGAUGCUYAUCACCGAUUUCCACGAGAAUGGCAGUCUUCAUGAUUAUUUGUGCACAUCGGUAAUUACACCRCAAAAACUGCAGUUGYUGGCCUACUCACUCGCCUCGGGUUUGGCACAUUUGCACGACGAAAUCGUCGGUACACCCGGUAAGCCGGCUAUAGCGCAUCGCGACAUCAAAAGCAAUAAUAUACUCGUAAAGCGUAAUGGUCAAUGUGCCAUUGCCGAUUUCGGAUUGGCCGUUAARUACACCUCGGAAAUGGAUGAAAUACAAAUCGCACAAAAUUCACGCGUCAGUACGCCACGUUACAUGGCUCCGGAAAUGCUCAAUCAGACAUUGAAUCAACAACAAUUUGAAGAAUUCAAACGCGCCGAUAUGUACUCGGUCGGUUUAGUAUUGUGGGAGAUGUCCCGCCGUUGUUACACACAAGUGCCCGGCUCGAAUACGACCACGUGCGAAGAUUAUGCAUUGCCCUAUCACGAUGUGGUGCCAGCCGAUCCCACAUUCGAGGACAUGCACGAUGUGGUUUGCAUUAAGGGCUUCCGACCGCCAGUGCCGUUGCGUUGGCAGGAUGACGAUGUUUUGGCGACCAUGUCGAAGAUCAUGCAAGAAUGCUGGCAUCCAAACCCUACGGUGCGUCUGACGGCGUUGCGUGUAAAAAAGACACUCGGACGCCUGGAGUAGGCCUGCCUUUGUUUACUUGAUCAAUCAGUAGCGUUACGCCGCAGCASCGUGGAAAAUACGCGCAAAGCGGACGAUCGCAAUAGCCAUGCUACUAAAGUUGCGUGACAGUUUUACUUUUAAGUGAUUUUUUAAGUUUUAACGUUAAGCGUAAUUUUAAUUGUGCGUAAAUAUUUUUAAUACUAAUUCUGUUUAAUUAAACUACUUUUAGAUUUACUCUCAAUACAUAAUUGUUUAUAUGAGAAACGCUUUGUAAAUUUUCAAUAGCAUUGUAGUGUUUUCGUUGGCAAUAAUUUUAUCCUAGCAUAAGUUUUAGUUUACUUUUUCUUAAGUGAGACUGUGCGAAGUGGAGAGUGGCAGCUUUUUCGUACUGAAAUAAGCUCUAAGAGCUGCAAGAAUAAUAUUUUUUUAUAAAACAACUUGCGACUUUUUAAAAAAGUUUAGCUAACCGAACCAUAUUUUUUUUAAUUCGAAGAAUGUUCAUUUUUUUUUUAUAAAUAUCUUAAUAUAGUUUUAUUUCUACACCGCAUUAACCCUAAAAUUUUGUCAACAAAAAUGUCUCAUUGAAAUUCAAUAUUGCAAUCUAUCAUUUCCAAUAUCAUUAAUUUUGUAUGUGCCUCUAAACACUUUGUAAUGUUUACUUCACACUGAAAACUUAUCGAUAACGUCAAAUCAUAAUUUGCUUAUUUACUGCGCAGUUUAUUAAAAGUACAUUAAUUUUUUUCUAUUUCUGAUCUAAAUAUCUGUUUUUUUUUUUAACUAUAAAGCCAAAUCUUCAUUGUUUUUUUAAGAAACGAUUUUUUAUGUUUUUUUAAUAUUACUAAAGGAAAACAAUUUCGGUUUGAAGAUUGUGAAAUGACAUUUGAACUACUUUAAUUAAUGUUGCCAAAAUUUGUUACUUUCAUGUUUAUUGCGUAUUGAAUUUUGUUUGUUUUUACUAUUUUAUGCUUAAAACCUAUAAAAUUGCAAGUAUGUUACAGUACUCAUAUGUAUUMAAACGCUUAAAUAUUAGAAAUUUGGCCUUAAAACGGUUGUUAUUGCCUUAAAAUAGCUUUGUUACAGCAAAAACUAUAUAUUAAUUAUAAAAAAAAGUAAAAUAGUUUUUAGUAAAAUUUUUAACUAACUGUCAAAGGAGUCUAAGUUAUAAGCGAGAAAUGUGCCAGCAAUUAAUUAGUAAAUAAUUUAAACAAAGUAAUAAAUAAAAUUAAACGCAAGUUUUGUGCUAAAAACACACAAUAGCACACAUUUUGAAACAAUUGCCUUAAAGUUUUCGAGAUUUAAAGAA